UUGUGUAUUUUCUGUCAGUAAAAGUGUUGGAUUGCCCCGGGUUAACCUGCCGUGUUGCUCUGCAGUGAGCUUCACACUAAAAUACAAACAGAUUAAAGCAGACUCUCGGGGAUUACCGGCAAGAAUUUCAUUUAAAGCUCUGGCUUAUUUGUAAUUUCAUCAAAAACGUAAUCUAUUGUUUGUCUGUUGCAGCGGCAGCGUCGGGCCUGAAGGCGUUAAUCAGAUAUUAGCCUCAGAGUUCACGUGGAGGUCUGAGAAGAUCAGGUCUCCUCAUGGCUGCUGUCGGCCGCUUCCAUCCCAGGAUGUUCUCAGGUCAGCUGGUGUUCGGACACGUCAGUUCCCACGGAGAUCAGUAGCUUCCACAUCUGCAUCCUCUGGAUUUAUCCACCUCCAUCUGUCCUCCUCCUAAUCGCUCUGACUCUCACCUCAUCAGCUGUUCGUCUCCACGGUUACAUCACCUUUAUGUUUUAAAGCUGGCAGCUGGUCGCCCGUCCGUCUGCACUCGUCCUCCCCCGCCUCCCCCGUGGCCAUGCUGGAGAAUCUGUCCCGCCGGUCCCGCUCCCUGCUGUCCCUCACCCUCACCACGCUGGCCUUGGCCCUGUCCAUCCUGGCCCUCUGCACCUCCUACUGGUGUGAAGGAACCCACAAGGUGGUGAAGCCGCUCUGCCUGUCGCCGGUCAAGAUGAAGAACUGUGGGCAGAACAACAGCGAGCCGUACACCACAGAGAGUCCCACUCAGAACCCGUUCAACCGGACCUUGUCUCCGGCCCGGAGGGAGGAACUGGCCAAGAUCCGACAGCGGCAGCUGGCCAACGCCGUCCAGUACAUCUGGGAGACCGGAGAGGACAAGUUCGCCUUCAGAUACUUCCACACGGGAUUCUGGGAGAGCUGCGAAAAACACAGUGAUGGGGAGAAAUGUCGCAGCUUCAUAGAGUUAACUCCAGGAGAAACACAAGGUGUUCUGUGGCUGUCGGUGGUCUCUGAGUUCACCUACAUCGGGCUGUUGGGGAUGGGUUUCCUCCUGAUGUGGCUGGAGGUCUUGUGCUCCCAUAAAGAGAUGCACUCGCUGAAGAUCAACGCCUUCGCAGCCAUCUGCACGGUGCUGUCAGGUCUUCUUGGGAUGGUGGCCCACAUGAUGUACACCACGGUGUUCCAGAUGACGGUGAUAGUCGGCCCUAAAGACUGGAGGCCUCAGUCCUGGGACUACGGCUGGUCAUUCGCUCUGGCCUGGGUGUCCUUCAGCUGCUGUAUGGGCGCCGCCGUGGUCACCCUCAACUCCUACACCAAGACCAUCAUUGAGCUCCGUCGGCGGCAGAGACUCCGGCUGGAGGAGGCCAGAGCCGCCACCCGGGCCCCGGCCUACGAGGAGGUGGUCCCAGGUGGGGGGCUCUACUCCGUCAGCGGCCUGCUGCAGUGUGCGGACGGGAUGAUCGACGUGACCUGGGCCCCGAACGGCGGCGUGGUCGGAGUCGGGAACGGGGACGUGCCGACGCUGGUGCUGGUGGGAGGAUGUGGACCGGAGGGCUGCGAGGACUGUGAGAGGGAGAUGGACGAGAUGGAGGACGCCAUGGACCGAGUAGAUUCACCCUGUUAGGGCUUUAAAGGACCAGGUCCUGGUGCUUCCUCACCUCCAGCCUGACUUCCAGUAGUCCUCUCCAAAGCCCUGGAGAACGCUCUGAUUCACCACUUAGUCCUUCUUCUGUAGGGUAAAAACACUCUGGCUUGUUUGUAUUUCUGUAAACCAAUCACAGUUGUCCUGGGCGGGGCUAAACCGGGAUACAGUGAUGGUGUCUCUGCAGAACAACGUUUGGGGAAUAGUUCUGGUGGAAAGUUUGGACAAAGGCAGGUGAUCCGAGCACUGAGUGUGGAGGUGUCUGCUCGGAGGUUGUCACUGUUGUUUUCUGUAAUGAAAGGGAUUUUUAAAACACACAGAUAGCAGAAAAGGAGGAAAAACCUGCUGCCACAAUGACAGUCUUAUACCAGAAAUCUACAUCUGACGAGUCAGAGGAGGAGAUUAAGUAAAGGGACUGUAAGAACUGAAGAUGGAAGACCCAAUCAGUGAACUGGAACACUGAAAUAGAAAACGUAUAACUGAAGUCUACAUCUGAUGAGUCAGACGAGGGGAUGAAGUAAAGGGACUGCAACAACUGAAAAUAAAGACUCUGUCAGUGA